CGCUUUUCCCUUGUCCAUGCAGGAAGCCUACGUGAUGGCCAGCGUGGACAAUCCUCAUGUGUGCCGCCUCCUGGGCAUCUGCCUGACCUCCACGGUCCAGCUUAUCACACAGCUCAUGCCCUUUGGCUGCCUCCUGGACUAUGUCCGCGAGCACAAGGACAACAUUGGCUCCCAGUACCUGCUCAACUGGUGUGUGCAGAUUGCAAAGGGCAUGAACUACCUGGAAGACCGGCGCUUGGUGCACCGCGACCUGGCAGCCAGAAAUGUCCUGGUGAAGACACCACAGCAUGUCAAGAUCACAGAUUUUGGGCUGGCCAAACUGCUUGGAGCCGAGGAGAAAGAAUACCACGCAGAAGGAGGCAAAGUGCCUAUCAAGUGGAUGGCUUUGGAAUCAAUUUUACACCGAAUUUAUACCCACCAAAGUGAUGUGUGGAGCUAUGGUGAGUCAAAACCUUGAUGCUAAUGAAUGUGUACUGAGCCGAAGCCCGCUUGUAUCGUUUGUUGAUUUACGUUCUAUGCUCUGUCAUCCAAAUACUUUCUUCCAAGACAGUGACUAAUAAUAGCGUAGUAGUUGCUGUCUAUCCUACUGAGAAAACAUGGCAAAGGAAAUGGAGUCUGACUAGCAUAUUACAUGUCACUGGAGAUACUGGUGAGCUUGUCAAGGGUGGGGGCGGGUAACGGAGGGAAAGAGAGCUCGGACUUAGGAAGUGCCUGGACCUGCGACAUCAAACCAAACUUGACCUCUUGCCAUGGAUGUGAAGUCAGCCAAAGGGAGGUGACAAAUGGGGUUUUCCGGGUAGAGACGUGAGGUUUUGUGAUGGACUAGCUCAGUGGCUAUUGUUUCAUGCAGUGAAUGGUAGUCUUUGUGUAUCAGAGAGAAUGGCUUGACAAGAGGGCACUGUGAGGAUGUGUCUGUGGGGGGGAAGAAAAAGAAGCAAGGGAAAUAGUUACUGCUGGGAGCUCUAGUGAGGACAUCUCAUCAGGACUGAUUCUCUGUUUCCCCUCCAAAUCCCCCCGUGGCCCUGCACAGGCCCGGGCCCCUCCUCUCCAACACGCUUUCCCGUUCUUGCCUGAUUGCCUUUGCACAAAGGAUAGCUUGAGUCUACAAGGGCCUCGCCAUUUAAGAAGGUGUCACUAACACAUUCUCACAGGCUGCCAUGUUUACACCUGUUCACGGUCGGUCCUCACGAGCCCAGCAAUCUGCUGGAAGCCCGCAGAAUAGCUCACCUGAUACAUUUCUCUGUGAAUUAUCAGUCUAUUCCCACUGCUAAAGCAACGGGGGUGAGGGUGAGGGGCCACCCCAUCUCCGUAGAAAUGGGUAUUUGGGGAGAGCAAGAUCGAGGCAAAUGUCCAAGAGGAAUUUGGUUAUUAUCACAAAAACAAAUCAUUCAGGCUAUCAUCCACUUAGGGGCUUUUUUCAUAGCAUUUUAACUUCCUGAUAUUUUAAAUGUAUUUUAGUUUCAGGGAUCUCUGUCUCUUCUGCUAGGAUGCAGGCUUUACGAAGACAGAGAUUUUUCUGAGUGAAUAAGUGAAUUUUUUCCAUGUACCUGUGAGCUGAACUGCCUGCAAUUAAUGAACUAGAUAAGGAAAUAAAGCUAUUCUGAUGCCUUGUUAUUUUAGUCAUUUUCAAGAUGUGUCUCCUCCCCAAGGGGGAUGAGAAGAAAUGCUUCUUUUCCCACUCCUGCGUCCCAUCCAGAGGCAUCUCCAUGGUCGCCUCCUUCCCUCAGGUUCCUGAUGGGUCUUCUCUCUCCCUGUUCUGCCCACAUUCGUCUGUUCUCCAGACAACAGACAAAAAAAUACUUUUAAACCAUAGCAGACUUUUUAUUCUCUGCUUAAUAGCCUUCUUUGGUUUUGCACGUAUGUUCCAAACAAAACCUGAGCUCCUCACUGGUCUGGCUCCUCCUACUUUUCCAGAAUCACGUGGCUGCACUUCCCUCCUUGCCCUCCGUGUGGCAGGCGGCCUUGGCCAACUCGUCAUCUGUCCGGAGUUGGCCCACAUCUGUUGAAUAAAUGAAGACUCUUAAAUUCUGUGACUUAAUGCCUUUGGAUGAUUACAAGCAGUACCAGAAAGUCUGCCUCACUGUAGUGGUCGUGUGUUUUUCAUUUCAGUGGAAAUUGUGUUGUCAGUGAUUAUAAUCCGCCAUCCCUGGCAGUAACUGGAAUUGUUAAACCACAAACCUAACGGUCUAGUUUAAAAAACAAAUCCUGUUGGGGCGCCUGGGUGGCUCAGUCAAUUAA